UUUUUUUUAAAAAAUAUAAAAGAAAUUCCUUUCCUUUCUUUUUCUUGUUUUUUAUUUCAACUGUUAUUCUGUUAGUCUGUUACAGUUAUGAUGUCGAAUAACGAAGAUGAUAUUAUAAGAAAGAUGUUGCAAAAUGAUGACGAUGAAAUUCGAAUCAUAAGAAAUUUAAUGCAAGAUGAUGAUGAUGACGACGAACAUAUUCCUAUUAUGAGACCAAUGCUACCAGAUGAUGAUGAUGAUGAUGAAAACAAGGACAUUCGAGUGGUCGCCGCUAUAGAUUUCGGGACUACGUUUUCGGGAUUCGCUUACGCGUAUAAAUCGACUCCUUCAAAAAUAUUCAUACAUAAAAAAUGGCAAAAUUAUAUUGGUUAUUUUAAAACUCCAACAGUGUUAAAAUAUAAUGGAUCAUUUAAUGCAAUGGAUUGGGGAUAUUCCGCAUUGGCUGAACAGCCAGAAAAACAGAAUAAUAAGAAAAAGAAGAAAAAUAAAAAAAAGCAAUCUAUUACUACUCACAUUGCGGAAAGAUUUAAAUUACACUUGUGUAAAAUGGAAAAUAAAGAUAAAGAUAAAAUAUAUUUACCAAAGGGUUUAAAUUUUAAAACUGCUAUAACUGAUUAUCUCAGAAAAAUGGGUGAAGUUAUGAAGGAGACUUUAAAUGAUUCUGGGACAGAAGUUGAUUUCUUCAAACAAGUUUUACUAAUUAUGACGGUUCCAGCUGAAUUUGAUAAUCAAAGGAUAGGCGUUAUGCGUGAAUGUGCGUUUAAUGCUGGGCUAAUUCAACAUAAGAACAGUCCACAUUUGAAAUUUACAACUGAACCCGAGGCUGCUGCGGUUAAUUGUAUGGAUAUUUUAAAAGAACUUGGUGUUGGUGUUGAUAAAUCAUUCAUGGUUGUUGAUUGUGGUGGUGGAACUGUUGACUUAACAACUCGAAAACUCUUAGAGGGUAAUAAACUUGGUGAAAAAAUCAAAAGAAAAGGAGGUUAUUGUGGUGGAAGUUUUGUUGACGAUGAAUUUAUUGAGUUUAUUAGUCGUAAAGUUGGCCACUCGGCAAUUAAACUUUUGAAAGAAAAUAAUUAUGGCCAGUUACAAUAUAUAGUUCAAGAAUUUUGUAGACGCAUCAAAUUCCCGUUCACUGGAAAAGAAGCGGAUUUUAAACCAUUUAAUUUAGACUUGGAAGACUUAUGUCCGGUUAUUAAGCAAUAUGUUAAAGGCUCUGAACGUAAUGAAAUGGAAGAAGAAGAAUGGACUAUCGAAUUAAAAUUUGGAGAUAUUAAAAAUAUGUUUGACGUGGUGAUAAAAAAAAUUUUAGAUUUGAUUAGCGAACAUCUUGACGAAAGUAAUGAAGAAGUUUCAGCUAUGUUGUUGGUUGGUGGAUUCAGUGAAUCUAAAUAUUUGCGGGAAAAAGUCAAAGAAAAAUUUAAUAGCAGAGUGAAAAUUUCUUUUCCUGAUAGUCCAGCAACAGCAAUUGUUGAAGGAGCUGUUCAAUAUGGAUUGAAUCGUGACGUCAUUGCCACUCGUGUCUUGAAAUGGACAUACGGUACUGAUGUCGCUCGUAUGUGGAAAUCAGGUGAUCCGGAUGAUCGAAAGAUUCCGAAUGAUGGGUUUAUGGGUAUGGGUGAUAGAAUUAUUGAAUUUUCACGAUUGGUAAAAUGUGGUGAAGAAAUUCCCGUUAAUGCAGCAAUUCCAAGAAUAUUUACGCCAGGACAUGUAUUUCAAAGAUUUAUGGGUUUAGAUAUAUAUAUUACUGACAAAGAGGAUGCAGAUUUUUGUGAUUCAGAUGGUGUAAAACCACUUGGUAAUUGGGUUAUCGACUUACCCAUAACGUUUAGUCCAAGACCCAUUCUAUUUUUCUUGAUUUUUGGCGAAAUCGAAAUUAGUGCCAUUGCUGUGAAUUUAGAAACUGGUCGUAAACAUGAAACUACAUUUAAAUUUGACGAAGAUUUUUAAAGAUAUUUUUUUAUGUAAAAAUGUAAAAUAUGCAUAAAUAUCUUAAAAUAUCAUAGUUAAUACUAUUUUAUAAAAAAUUGUUAUUUAUAAACAUGCUUUGACAAAAAUAUUUUAAUACAUUCGGUAAUUUUGACUAAAAUUUAUUUAUAAUUGUUGUAAUGAUACUAUUAAAUGUCGCAUUUUGUCCAACACUUUUAUUUUUUUUUAGACCUUUAGUUAAAAAUAUUAUUUUUUAUUAUUUUUUAUUAUUUAUUUUGUUUAACGGAAAAUGGCUUCCCCUGUAGAAAAGGUACAACGAAGGAUAUUUGCAGAAUUAUAGUAAUUCAAUAAGAGAUAUCGAUAUAAGAAUUCUACU